AUGGCGAUCCAAAAAAAGCACGGCAAAGGACGGCUUGACAAAUGGUACAAACUCGCCAAAGAGAAAGGCUACAGGGCACGGGCGGCGUUCAAGUUGAUCCAGCUGAACAAGAAAUAUGGGUUCCUGGAGAAGAGUCGGGUGCUGCUGGACCUGUGCGCCGCACCGGGAUCUUGGUGUCAAGUCGCAGCAGAGACAAUGCCUGUGCAGAGCCUGAUUGUCGGUGUGGAUCUGGCGCCCAUUAAGCCCAUACCUCGAGUCAUCUCCUUUCAGAGCGAUAUCACCACGGACAAAUGUCGAGCGACUAUUCGGCAGCACCUAAAACAUAUGAAGGCCGACACAGUGCUGCAUGAUGGGGCACCCAACGUUGGUGUGGCCUGGGUCCAAGACGCUUUCUCGCAGGCGGAGUUGGUUCUGCAGUCAAUGAAAUUGGCGACAGAAUUUCUGAAAGAAGGAGGCACAUUUGUCACAAAGGUGUUUCGGUCCAAGGACUACAACGCGCUGCUUUGGGUGUUCAAACAGCUGUUCACAUCGGUCGAGGCUACAAAACCCCCUUCGUCCAGGAACGUGUCUGCGGAAAUCUUCGUGGUAUGCAGAGGUUUCAAGGCACCAAAGAGACUGGAUCCCAAGUUUUUGGACCCGAAACAUGUUUUUGCGGAGGUGCAGGAGCCCACACCGAACAACGAAGCCAAAGUCUUCAACCCCGAAAAGAAGAAAAGGAAAAGAGAAGGUUAUGAAGAAGGCGACUGGACGCAACAUAAAGAAGUCCCUGUCACCGAUUUCAUCCACACGACAGACCCGAUUGCGAUUUUAGGCUCCAUGAACAAACUAAGUUUCGAGCAGCCAUCCAACGGCGAUCUCGCAUUAGCUACAAUAAGUCGACUUCCCGAGACGACAGCCGAAAUCAGACAAUGCUGCGCAGACUUGAAGGUGCUAGGAAAGAAAGAGUUCCGGACGUUACUUCGGUGGCGGCUGAAAGUCCGCGACCAGUUUGGCUUGUCGAGUAAAGCUAAAAAACAAGAGCAGGAAACACAGACCCAAGAGCAGGACGGAGAAGAGGUGGCACAGGUCGGGUCGAUGGACGAAGAACUCAAACUUCAAGAAGAGCUGCAGAAAUUGAAGGAUCGAGACAGCAAGGAGAAGAGGAAAGAACGACGCAAAGAGAACGAAAGGAAGCGAAAAGAGAUUGUCCGGAUGCAGAUGCACAUGACUGCGCCGUUUGACAUUGGAUUGGAGCAGAGUGGCCCUGGGGCGGAUGGGACCAUGUUCAGCAUCCAAACGGCUGACAAGGCUCAGGGCUCUGGUGAGAUUGGCAAUAACGACAUGGAGGACGAGGAGGACUCUGGGUCGGAAGACUCAGAGGUUGGCUCCGAGAGUGAUGAUGACGACGCUGGUGACAGGCUUGAAAGGGAACUAGACUUAAUGUACGAAUCCUAUCAGCAAAGGCGGGAGGAAGCGGACGCCAAAGCACGAGCAAAGCGAGCGAGAAGAGAAAAGGAAACCGAUGAAUGGGAAGGUCUAUCCGAUGACGACGCCACAUCUGCCGAUGGAGUCACUGACGCCGACUAUGAUGACGAAGAGGACGGCUACCCGAUGAAAAAAAUCCCGAAAAGUGAUGGUCUUUCCGCCAAGGCGGCCAUGUUUUUCGACCAAGACAUUUUCCAGGAUCUGGGCAUUGACGAUGAACAAGAAGACCUGGACAAGGACAGUGCAAUUGAGAUGGACGACGACUCGUCAGACCACGCAGACCGGACAGCCACGAAGGCUCGUACAUCAAAAGAGCAGCAAGACAAGUCCCUGAAGCCAGCAUUGAAAAAACAAGGACCGUCGUCUCAAUCCGCAGAUGAUGAAUCCGAAUCCGAGGCUGAGGCUACGAUUAAACCAUCUACCUCUUCCACCACAAAGCCUCCGCGACCCGAAGACCCAUUGACACCAUCCGGCCAUUUGGACGUCGACAUCAUCACCGCGGAAGCCAUGACGCUUGCACACUCCCUCGCAACUAAGGAAAUCACAGCCAAAGACCUGAUCGACGACAAUUUCAACAAAUACACCUUCCGCGAUACUGACGGUCUCCCCGACUGGUUCUUGGACGACGAAGACCGACAUUCUCGCCCCAUUAGACCGAUCACUAAGGCCGCCGCGGCGGCAAUCAAGGAAAAGCUGCGCGCGUUGAAUGCCCGGCCCAUCAAGAAGGUCCUGGAGGCCAAAGGGCGGAAGAAGAUGAAAGCGGCUCAGCGGCUGGAGAAGCUUCGCAAGAAAUCCGCGCUGUUGCUCGAAGACGAGGGCGUGAGCGAAAAGGACAAGGCCUCGACCAUUUCGAGGAUGAUGGCCCGCGCGGCCAAGAGGGGGAGACCAAAGGAGAAGGUCAAGCUGGUGGUCGCGAGAGGUGCGAAUCGCGGCGUCGCUGGACGGCCGAGGGGCGUCAAGGGCAAAUACAAGAUUGUGGACGCCCGGUUGAAGAAGGACGUGAGGGCCGAGAAGAGGCUCAAGAAGAAGUUGAAGAAGUAG